AUGACAUUAACCCAAAUUCCUGAGAGAUCAUCAGUUGAUAUGGAAUCAUGUGUGCCUCCAGGAUUUAGAUUUCAUCCAACGGAAGAGGAGCUUGUGGGGUACUAUCUCAAGAGGAAGAUAAACUCCCUAAAAAUCGAUCUAGAUGUUAUUGUUGAGAUUGAUCUCUACAAAAUGGAACCAUGGGACAUACAAGAUAGGUGCAAACUAGGAUAUGAGCAACAGAAUGAGUGGUACUUUUUCAGCCAUAAAGAUAAGAAGUAUCCUACUGGAACAAGAACUAACAGGGCCACUGCUGCUGGAUUCUGGAAAGCAACUGGAAGGGACAAGGCUGUGAUGUCCAAGAAUAGAAUCAUAGGGAUGAGGAAGACCUUAGUCUUCUACAAGGGACGUGCCCCUAAUGGCAGGAAAACAGACUGGAUAAUGCAUGAAUAUAGGCAUCAAACCUCUGAACAUGGUCCUCCACAGGAAGAAGGAUGGGUUGUGUGCCGAGCAUUUCGAAAGCCUAGUCCAAGUCACAGGCAAGGUUAUGAGCCAUGGUGCAGUAGUAGUAGCCAUCAACAGCACUUUUUCAGAGACCAAAGCUUUGCAAGACCCUUAUCAAUUGCUGACAUUUUGAAUGAAACAAAUGUGCCUCAUCACCCUGCUGAAGGUCCAAGUUUUAGUCACCCCUUCAGCUCAGAUCAGCAACACUUGAUUCUAUCAAACCAAACUGUUUUGGACAAACAACUCAUUGAGCUUCCUCAGCUAGAUAGUCCAACUGCAAGUAUUGCAAUGAAGGACUGUAACCAACAACACCACAAUGGCCUCACAAAUGAGGAAUAUUGCAGUGAUGAUAGGAGCAAUAGCAGUGCACAAGGUAUCGAUUGGAAGAGCUUGGACAACUUGUUCGGGUCACAAUUGAGUGACACAGCUUAUUUUUCACAUCCAAACUUGCCCUUCAUGAUGAACCAUGAUCAAGCUACUCAUAUCCUAGGAUGCUUCCCUGAUCAUAGUUAA